CUUGACCUUUCUUUCUUUCCCACUUUUCACAAAACACAACAAAACAUAGGAGCUCUUUUCUUCCUGAAAGCAUCUACCUACUACCCCGCUUAUACCCUCACCUCCGCAUCCAGUGGGCCACAACUAUGUCCGAAAAGGAAGACCAUGAUGAGCUUGUUGAUGAUUACAUGGAUGUCGAUGAAGAGGCAGAGACCGUCAUCGAUCCGAAUGUAUUUAAAAUUAGACAGUCGCUUGAGCAGCCAUAUGCUCAGGCAUUCACGACUGCUCAACUUCAUGCUCAAAUCCACGAGGGUCAGAUAGACCUCAACCCCCCUUACCAGCGCGAUGUCGUAUGGAGCACGAGCAAGCAGAUGGAGAUCAUCGACUCGCUUUUCCAUAAUUUCUAUGUGCCGCCGGUCAUCUUUGCCCUCGUCAAAGACGACGACGGAGAGGACACGCGGGUUUGUGUUGACGGUAAGCAGCGCUUGACGAGCAUCCAAAAGUUCUUCGACGGACAGAUUGCCUACCGCGACCCAACUACGAGGAAGCUCUGGUAUUACACCUGUUCGGAGACCAACAAGUCCUCCCGUAAUGAGAUCCCACCGGAAGGGAAAAAGCUGUUCGCAGAGAAGCUUAUGACAUGCGUGGAAUACCGAAACCUUACGGCGGGAGCUGAACGUGAUGUGUUCCAGCGCGUACAACUCGGCGUCGCUUUGACAGCAGCUGAGAAACUGCAAGCAAUAUCAUCUCCGUGGGCCACCUGGAUCAACAAGCUCGAAUCACGCUACAUUUCUGCGGACGACGGACUCACCGAUGUGCUCAAGUUCGACACCAAACGCGGCCGAAACUUCCAAAAUCUGGCGCACUUCAUCUACUGCUGCGACGGCUUCCCGGAGCAGCUCGUGCCUACGCAAACAAAGGUCGAGAAAUGGAUGUACCGCGCCGACGAGCCGCGGAGAGAGUUCCAGGAGGCCAUCAACAACGUGCUCUCGACUCUGUGGCAUCUGGCUCACGAGCCGAAACUGAACUUCCCGUUCUCGAAAAUCAAGAUCCGGAUUGCCCCGGUCGAGUUCUGUUACAUGGGCGUCCUCCUGUACGUCAUGCGCGGCAAGGGUUUCAAAGACGACGAAAGGGCGCAGAACAUAUACGAUCUGCGAACCGAGCUCCGCAGCCACGAGCAGGACAUUCGGUCCAACGCGCGCAUUGCGCGACGCUGCUGGGACUUCAUCGAGGGCGUCUCGGACCAGGAGUUCGCCAUGAAGUACAACGUUCCUGGGAAGCGGGGGAGCAAGAAGGGCAAGGCGAAGGCUGCAUAGUGGCUCACGAUGCAGUAAGGAGGGUUUGUAGACCAGAUAUUCAUCAUCCAUUCAAUAAUACACAACCUCAUACAUCCCCUGGCGCCUUCAAUUACAUCUCUCUUCUCGUACUAUACCUGCAGCCAUUGACCACGGUUUAUUUCACCCGCGAUGUAUACC